UAUGAGCGAUGUACCUAUAUAUCCAUUAAUUGAUUAUAACAAGCCUAUAACUCAUAUAGUAUGUUAUUUAUAAAAUAAUAUACAGACCUAGAUUAAUGUAUUUUUUACUUUUUUAAUUUAAACUCACAUACACGCAUUAAAACGCCGAAAAUAUGAAUAACUCAAUAGUUCGCUUCGGCAGCUUUUUAUUUACACGCUCUUGCCACCGAACAAUUGCACGUAGGUCUCUGUCACACUAUCCAAUCGAUGAUAUUUUGUUUAACCUCAAUGAUGAACAAAUUCAGUUACGUAAAACCGUUUUUGAUUAUGCUCAGAGAGAGAUAGCAACGAAAGCGGCUGAAAUAGACAAGACUAACACGUUCAAUGAUCUGAGGAAAUGUUGGCUGGAAUUGGGAUCGCUUGGUCUCCUAGGCAUAACCAUUCCGAUAGAAUACGGAGGUACUGGAGGCAGUUAUACUGACCAUGUCAUUGCUAUGGAAGAGAUUACUAGAGCCAGCGGAUCUGUGGGCCUGAGCUACGCAGCCAACACUAACUUGUGUAUGAAUCAGAUUCGAUUGAACGGUACCCAUGAACAAAAGGUCAAAUACUUACCAUCGUUAUGCAAUGGCCAAGCUGUUGGAGCGCUGGCAAUGUCUGAACACGGUUCGGGUUCUGACGUAGUUUCUAUGAAGUUGAAAGCAGAACGAAAAGGAUCUCAUUAUAUUCUAAAUGGUAGUAAAUUUUGGAUCACGAAUGGACCAGACGCUGACGUGCUAGUGGUCUACGCUAGAACGAAUCCAGAUAUUAAAAAACAGCAUGGUAUUACUGCGUUUAUAAUUGAGAAAUCAUUUGAAGGGUUCACUACUGGCCCAAAACUCGAUAAACUUGGUAUGAGAGGUUCUAACACUUGUGAACUUAUUUUCCAAGAUUGCAAAGUACCUGUUGAAAAUGUGUUAGGCGAGGAAAAUAAAGGUGUAUACGUUUUAAUGUCCGGACUAGACUUGGAACGAAUGGUGCUUAGUGCCGGGCCUGUCGGAUUAAUGCAAGCGUGUAUAGACCUGACAUUUGAUUACGUACAUUCUAGAAAACAGUUUGAUACUAAAAUUGGAGAGUUUCAAUUGAUUCAGGCUAAAAUUGCCGAUAUGUAUACAAUAUUGAGUGCUACUAGGAAUUAUCUGUACAAUGUAAGUAGGGCUUGCGAUAAAGGUCACAUUUGCAGUAAAGACUGUGCUGGAGUGAUACUUUUUUCUGCUGAAAAUUCGGUUAAAAUGGCAUUGGAUACCAUACAAUGUUUAGGUGGAAAUGGGUUUAUAAACGAUUAUGCGUCAGGCAGACUUUUGAGAGAUGCCAAAUUAUAUGAAAUUGGCGCAGGUACCAGCGAAAUCAGAAGACUAAUUAUUGGUAGAUCGCUAAAUAAAGAAUAUUCUUAAAACUUGUUAUUAAUUUUAUUAAUUGUUAUUGAUUUAAUACGAUCUUAACAGAUCAUAUAUUUAUCACGUUAUAAUUGUUUUUUUUUUGUGUAUGUUAUAAAUUAAUUUAAUUAUUAUGAUUGUUUUAUAAUCUUAAACACACGUUGUAGGUAUCUAGCUAUAGCUAAUGUAGAGACCCAUGCUGUUUAUAUAUUAUAAGAACAUUUGUAUGAUUUUGAUUUAAUUGUUUAUAUAUUUGCAAAUUGUAUUAUAAGUUAUAAUAUAAAUUAUAUGUAUUAUUUAUACACAA